GCGCAGGGCUCCGGCUCGAAGCUCCGCCCGGGACGCAGAGCGCGCGCGGUCCCGGUGCAGACCUCCGUCCGGACCUGGGUUGGGACCUCGGUGACCGCCGUGCGCAGACCUCCGCGAGCGCGCCUCCGGACCGUGGGGUGCAGGUCUGGUGUGGUCUUCUGCCUGGACACAGAGAGCAAUGCAGAAGUCCAGCCCACUAGUGCCUUUACAUUAUUUUGGCUUUGGCUAUGCAGCCCUGGUUGCUACCGGUGGGAUCAUUGGCUAUGCAAAAGCAGGUAGUGUGCCGAGCCUGGCCGCUGGGCUCCUCUUCGGGGGCUUAGCAGGCCUGGGUGCUUACCAGCUGUCUCAGGACCCCAGGAACGUUUGGGUUUUCCUCGGUACAUCCGGGACCUUGGCUGGCAUUAUGGGAAUGAGAUUCUACCGCACUGGGAAGUUUAUGCCUGCAGGUUUAAUUGCAGGUGCCAGUUUGCUGAUGGUUGUUAAAGUUGGAAUUAAUGUGUUGAGCCGACCACCACGCUCAUAGUCGGCACAUCCCAGCCUGAGCUCAUGAAGAGCUAACAAUCUCCGGACUUCCGCUUGUUACGCGUGUUAAAGAAAUGCAGGACGUUUACACACUUUCUCAUUUUACUCAAAACAAAGAACUCUGAACUUGGAGAAAAACAUUCGUCCUUGGCAUCCCAACCCUUCAGAGGUGGUGAGUGUAUAAGCAAAGAGCUUAAUGAUGCCUUUACGUGAUUGGUUCUUCUAUGGUGAUGUUAUCUCUUCUCUCUGUAUCAGUAGUUAAAAAUCACAGGCAGUAAAAUGUUGGGAGUCAAUAUUGGGGCCCCCAAAGCCUCAUGCCCUACUCCAAAGAACAGUAUGAAGAAGCUCUCUUGGUGAGAUUUGGGAUCUGUGUUCUUUUGCUUCUCUUAGAGCACAGACCUCUUUUGGGAUUAUGUUAAAUGGAAUAAUGAAAAUAAAAUUCACUAUAAAUGACA